GUUUGAGAGAGCCAUGAUGGACAAUCACAAUAAUUUUGUUUACAGUUUAAUCAUACUAUGUGUAUUUGUAGGCGUUUUACACAGUACACAGAUACAUAAAAGAAUAGAAAUAAAGGCGCUUCUACCACACCACACAGCUGACGAAUGCGAUAUCACACCAUUGCUUCAGUCCUCUGUAGGUAGUAAGGCGAGGUGUAACAAAUUUGUUGGCAGAUAUGUCGACGGGUCAUUCGCCAAAAACCUCACGGUAUGUCAGGUGACGAAAAAUGUAACUGUUUCGCAAUAUCAGUGUGUUGAAGGCUCGUGGAAACUUACAACAGGAACAGGUGAUACUUAA